GAUGGGGACCUUGGCCACCCCAUCCCCCAGCAUCAGUUGGCCUCUCAAUAAAAGAAGCCAAUCCUCGCUGGGAAAACACAGGUAGGUGCACGGACAGCAACAUCACAGGCUUCAACAUGAGGACGGCCAUCCUUCUUCUGACUGCCUUGGUCUCAGCUGUGCUGAGUGUUGAGCAAACUUCUGAGGAUCAGGACUCACUCAGUGCAGUGCUGAGUGUUGAGCAAUCUUCUGAAGAUCUGGACUUAUUCAGUGCAGAGCCGAGAGCUGAGCACUCUUCUGAAUCUCCUGAAGAUCAGGACUUAUUCGGCGCAGGUGCAAUGGUGCAAUCAGUUGAGCAAUCUUCUGAAUCUACUGAAUCUUCUGAAGAUCAGGACUUGUUCAGUGCAGAGCCGAGAGGUGAGCAAUCUUCUGAAUCUACUGAAGCUUCUAAAGAUCAGGACUCAUUCAGUGCAGAGUCGGAACUGCUGAAGUUUGGUGCCCUCUGCAGUGGAAACCCCGGUAACAGGAGGAGAGGAUGUGAUGGCAGAGGAUAUGGCUGUGGACAUUAUGGAGCCAGUCGAGCUGGAGGUAAACGCAAACACUUGGGCCUGGACAUUGUCUGCGCUGACGGUGCGACGGUUUACGCUCCGUUCGACGUGGUGCUGGGCGGACGCGCUGUCCCGUACACAAAAAACAACGCCAUCAAUGACGGAGUCAACCUCGGUAGACAAGGCUUAUGUUUCAAGCUGUUUUACGUCAAGCCGGACAAGUACAGCGGGACCCUGAGGAAAGGUCAGAGGCUGGGGAAGCUGCUGCCCAUGCAGUCUGUGUACCCCGGGAUCACCUCCCACAUCCACGUGCAGAUGUGCGAUAAAACCGACCCGACCAAGUACUUCUGAGGCCCGUGAGAGCCAGAGCAACCAUCCUCUCAUCGUUUUACACCUUCAUUCUCAUGUCAGAGACGGGAGUUCACCUCUUCUCCAAUCGCCCGUCUGAUCCCGUAAAACACUCCCCCCACGCGUGGGAGACCAGCUUCAUUCUUGAAUUCUGAAAAGUUAUGAAAGUUAUAUCUAGCUUCAAUUGAACGUUUGCUGGCUGUCUAUCACACUUUCCUGGAAAACAUGCCAAUUUAAUUUCUUCACCUGCUGCAAUUUAAUAAAAGACUGAAUGAAACAAAAA